UCCAAAUGAGUGCUGUGAUCAACAAUGGCAGCACAAGUGAAGAGCUUUGACCUUGAUUCUCAUUCCAAGACUGUUUCCAAGAACACUUCACCACAAACUAGCAAAAUGCAGAAUAUAUCAAGUGAAGGAGGAAAAGAAUUGUUGAAAGCAUUGAUUAGAAAGAGGACUAGUGGUAAGGAGAUUGUAAUGGAAAGCAAACCAUUUAAAGCCUCCAAGAAUACAUCCAUUUCUUCUCACAAGCAACAGAAUCACUGUGGAAAAGAAUUAUUGAAGGUGAUAAGGAAGGGAACUGAGAAGUUGAACUUAAACGAAAGCAAAUGCAAAUCAGGUACACAUUCUACAAUGUGCUUUUGUUCACCAACCACUCAUGAAGGUUCAUUCAGGUGUCGUCUCCACCGCAUAAGUGCAGCAAAUAAGUCAAAUUCUAAGCGUACAAAUGGGAAAGUAGAGUUUAAGUCUCAGUUGUCAAGGUUUGGUAGGUUUGCCUCUGCUGAAAUGGGACAACAUGAUGAUAGCCUAAUGCAAAUAUCUGGAUUGGAAUCUGCUUAA